GGGAUCGAUACAAGGUUAGUUGACAAUCGUAUACCGUACAUAAAAAAACGACGUUUCCGCUUUGUUUAACAAUAAUGUCUAUUGAUUGUUAAAUGCAACAAUGAUUAACGGUUCUAAUUAGUGAGUGCCUGGUGACCCGGGCCUUUAAGACUAUUUCGUGGGGUGUAAUCACUCUCAUGCUGAAAUUUCGGCUGGUCUCAACGCAUUUUCUGAAACAGCCAUAGAUUGCGAUAUGUGUCGAGAUAGAGAUAUGAACCCCAUGUGUUCCGAGUCAUAACUCCAUAAACAUCGUUAAAUUUAUAAAAAAAAAAAAAAAUAACUAUUGCAUAUUCAUCAAUUUCGUUAAUCAUUUCUAUACGUAGGAGGUAUAAAUUUUUCAUAAGUAACCGGAUUUAUUUGCAGUGGCUCCCUAAGAAGAGAACGAAUAGGUUAGAAUGAAAGGUCCGACUAGAAAGGAAGACGUAGUUACGAAACUACACGACGCGAAAAUAGGUAAACAGAAGAGAAUUAUAAAUAACGCUUUUAUAAAUAAAAAUUCAUCGUUACCGACGACAUACGACGAAGCAAAAGCGACUUGUAAGGCAAGAAAGAGAAAAGAAAGACAAGAAAGUAUAAGUUCUCUAUGCCAGGAGCGUAAGGUGAUCAGGUCCAAUUCCGAAGAAAGACCUGCUCAGAAGAAACACGUAGAAAACAAUAAUAAUAUUAGAAGAGUAUCGAGUAGUGAAGAUUUCCAAUGUCAUAGAUCCAAUUCUGCAGAUAGAAUUUAUAAUGCUUCUUCCAAAAAGGCGUCCGACAAAUCUUUAACUUACGAAGAUUACGAACACGAAAAAAGAAGAUCUAAUGAAAGAUUUGCCAGACCUUUGACUUUAAAGGGAAAAAAGCACCCCACGAAACGACUAAAAGUGAAAUGCUUUCCAAGAACAAAGUACAAACCUGAAAUAUUACCCGACACGAAAGAUCAUAAUAAAAAAUCGAAUUAUCCACAACAAGAACAAGAUAAUUCCUCGGGUUUCCUCCAAUUGCACAUAGACGAAAGAGAAAGAUCUCCUAGUCCAACUCAAGAAUUAGUUUCGCCGGUAGUCGAUUGGUCGACUUUACACGAACAAGUCGAUUGUUCGGAACCUUUGUUAUCGCAAACGUCUCGAGACAGAACCGAAACGACGGAAAUAAUGCCCGUGGUUGCUUCAAAUCGAUUAUUGUCUUCCCCGAGGAACUCGAUUAUCGCUACGCACAGGAUCUACUUAGACCCCGACGUUCCUAAAGUCACCAGUAACAUAGAAAACAAACCGCAGAAUCCUUUAGACGAAAGAUUAUACAAAAUCGCCAAACAGAUUAACGGCAUCAAGAAGAAAAUAAAGAAAUACGAGAAUGAGUUCGAAACGAAACACGGUUAUAGGCCGUCGCACGCGGAAAAAAUGACAGACAAGAAUAUUAAGAAGUUGUAUACGGAUUUGAGUUCGUUAAAACGAGACCAAAGACAAUUGGCGGACAUUUCGAAUGGUAGUACUUUGUUACCCGCAGAAGACAGAACGAAACAACUCAGUGUGGUUAAUUUGCAAGCAACCAUCAAUGAAAUGGAGAAGAAAUUAACAUCGAAACGAGAAGCUGCAAAUCGGAGCUGUAAUCUGGAAGAAAUGUCUUCGGAACAGUUGGUGGAAGAAAAAGUUGCCGUCCAAAAGGCUUUACUAUUUCUAGAAUCGAUUCAUGGACGACCAAAUACAAAAGCUGACCGUGAUGUAGUUCGACCUUUCUACGAUAGAUAUCGCACGUUAAAGAGAAUGAUAUCAAAGUUAACAUCGAACAACAUUGGCAGUAACGAGUUAGCGACAAUCCACGAAAACGAAACUAUGAACUUCGUCACUCCAACAUCUUCGUCUCAAUCGAACGACACCGAAUCGGAAAAAACCGUUUUACCUUCGACGAGCACCGACAGCGAUACCGAUAGCUCGGCGAAAGAUAAUAUUCACUCUAUGUCCAAAGAAGAACUGAUCGAACAACUUCGGAUAACGACGGAGGAAAGGAAACAAUUGAAGAGGAAGAUAAAGGAAUUUGAAUUGAAUGUGCAACUGACGACUGGAAAGAUGAUCCAAAAGGAAGAUAAAGCUCCUAUGGAGAAUUUUUAUGUAUCAUACAAGAAGAUUAAAGCGAAGUCGAGACUUUUGGAGGCUCUUGUUGGAAAAAUGAGCUAAAUAUUACUAGAAACUCUUUCAUAUUUUUUAUUCUGCUUUAUGUAUUUUGAUUUAAUUUUAUAUGUAUGUACCUAUGUGGCGUAUACAAAUAAAAUAUACAUUUUAAUGAGUUUUA